CUCAUGAAACCACACAACAGAAAAAAAAGGACACUGCUAUGCCAUGUUUGGCAGCCUAAGCAAAGCAAGCCAAGCAUCUUCCCUUUUUCCCUGCUCUUCCACACUCGCACACAAACAGACACACACUUAAAUCCCACAAUCCUUUAAAGCCAAAGGAAUUCUCUCAUCUUCAUCAUUAGGCCCCACUUUUACACCCUUUCUCUCUCCUUCACAUUCCCCUUUCCUUUUUCUCUCUCUUCCUUCCUCACUCUUAAUAUAUCUUCUACUUUCAUCCUCAUUCACUCUACAAUGCACACUUGAAAGUUCAAACUCAAGAUCUAUCUACCCUUUUCAUAUUUAAUCCCAAGAUUUGAUUUUUAUCAUGAGUGUUUCAUCAGAAGAAGAUGGGUAUGAUGACCGGCGAGAUGGUGCUGGGAGUUAUUGUUUGAGUGCUGAUGUUAGUGAAUCAGAAAGUUCUAGUAGUUUCUCUCUUUUAAGAUUUGAUCCUGAUGCUGCCCCUUCUACUUCUACUUCUUCUCCUGCUGUUUUUCAACGUCAGACUCCCGGAAACUUUAAUUUUCCGGCGACCCAUUUUGUCUUUCCGGCGAUUUCUGGUAGAGAUGUUGUUCUUUGGGAUGAUUCUAAACCUUCUAAAUCUGAUGACUCUGAUUUAUCAGAAGUAGAAUUAAUGAAGGAAAGAUUUGCAAAAUUGUUACUGGGAGAGGAUAUGUCUGGUGGAGGAAAGGGUGUCUGUACUGCACUUGCAAUCUCAAAUGCAAUUACCAAUCUUGCUGCUACUGUAUUUGGGGAAUUAUGGAGAUUAGAGCCUUUAGCAAGUCAGAGGAAGAAAAUGUGGUGCAGAGAAAUGGAGUGGUUGUUAUGUGUGAGUGAUUCCAUUGUUGAAUUAGUCCCUUCAGUGCAAGAAUUUCCCGGUGGAGGCACAUUCGAGGUCAUGGCAACGAGGCCGAGAUCAGAUUUGUAUGUGAAUUUGCCUGCUCUUAAGAAAUUGGAUGCUAUGUUGCUUAGUAUGCUUGAAGGGUUUAAGGAGACCGAGUUUUGGUAUGCUGAUCGAGAGAGUGAUGAUCCGGAUCCUCUCAAAAACACGGCAUGUAAUGGUAGACCGUCUGUUCGACAAGAGGAUAAGUGGUGGUUGCCAUGUCCCAAAGUUCCACCUCGUGGGUUGUCGGAGGAUUCUAGGAAGAGGUUGCAGCAAUGUCGUGAUUGUACUAACCAGAUUCUUAAGGCGGCUAUGGCUAUUAAUACUAGUGUCAUUGCUGAGAUGGAGAUUCCUUGUGUUUAUUUGGAGUCCUUGCCUAAGAACGGAAAAGACUGUCUCGGGGAGAUCAUAUACCGCUACAUAACUGCGGAGAUUUUUACGCCUGAAUGUCUCCUUGAUUGCCUAGAUUUAUCUUCUGAACAUCAUAUUUUGGAAGUAGCCAAUAGGGUUGAGGCAGCUGUUCAUGUUUGGAGACUGAAAGAUCAGAAGAGACAUGCCGGUCACUCCAAAAGUAAACGAGGAUCAUGGGGUGGCAAAGUUAAAGGCCUUGUCACUGACAAUGAUAAAAAUCAGGUUCUUGCUCGACGAGCUGAGACUCUUUUGAGGUGUCUGAAGCUCCGAUUUCCUGUCUUGCCACAAACGGCAUUAGAUAUGAGUAAAAUUCAGUUUAACAAGGACGUUGGGCAAGCAAUUCUUGAGAGCUAUUCAAGAGUGAUGGAAAGCUUAGCAUUCAACAUUAUGGCGAGAAUUGACGACUUACUAUUUGUGGAUGAUGCCGCCAAACAAUCAGCUUUGGAGUCCAAAUCUCUUUUCUGCCGAGGAGGGUUUGGUGGUCUUCCGAUCCAAAAACGAAUGUCGCCUAGCCCUUUCUCCAUUCAACACUCUCCAUACGCUUCACCUUUUGCUACGCCGAGCUUCAGUUUGACCCCCGCGGGUGGUAGUCCUGGGAGAUCACUCUCAACCCUCAGUAAAAUGAACCUUAGAGCAGCUGAAGACACAAAAGCCGGAAAAACACUCUCAGAAGAGUUCGAGAAGAUAUGGGCUCAUCCUGGGAACUUGAGUGCCCGAAAGGCAUCCGGAGAUGCUCCUGAGAGAGACUGACAAUUCUUUGUCAAAGCCCCUCGGAAAACAGCUAAGCCGUAACUCUCUUCUCUGUAAAUUCUCUAGCAGCAGAUUAUCUGUGCAGCAUGUUUUUUAAGUGCAAAGUCAGGUUAGUUGCAAUAUCCUCUACACUAUCCACGAUUUUUUCGAGGAUUUUGUACGUGUUAGACAUCUAUUUUUGCAGUUCAGACCUUAAAUUUUUUUUUUUUUACGUUUUAGUACUUCUGUGUAUAACCAGGAUCAGUAGGAGCGGUAAUGGUAAGAUCGUAAGGAUGGGGGGGUAGUAUUGUGCUAAUGGAUUAGUAGUGUAGUGCUUGUAUUUUUGCUAGGAAACCCGAGUUUAUAUGUAAAGAAAGGCUAUUAACUAUCUCUAAUCAAUUGUGCAACCAUUAGUUGAUCAUUGAA